AUGGCUCCAGCAGCCCAGAUGUCUUAUCAAAAAGACGAGAAGGUUCUUUGCUUUCACCAUGAGAUCUUGUAUGAAGCCAAGAUUCUCGAUGUAAAGCACACCGUUCCCGACGACCGCAAAAGCCCUGUUGAGUACCUGGUCCACUACAAAGGCUGGAAGAACACCUGGGAUGACUGGGUCCCCCAAGAUCGUCUACGUAAAUUCACAGAGGAGAACCGGGAGUUGGCGACUACUCUCCGCCGAGAUGCGGAGGCCGCUUACCGUCAGAAAACCGCCAAACCCUCCGUGAAGAGGCGAAGAGGCUCCGAUCCCAGCCCCGUACGGGGAAGCGAGGAGCGCCAAUUGUCCGUUCCUGGUCGCAACAAUAAGAGAGCCAGAGAGAAUGACAUUGAAAAGGAGGAUAACUUCUAUAUUCGGCCAUCAGUGCGAAUCGUCAUGCCUGACAACUUAAAAUCGCUCCUCGUUGAUGACUGGGAGAAUAUCACCAAGAAUCAGCAAGUCGUGGCGUUACCCGCGAAAUGUUCCGUCAAUCAGAUCUUUGAAGACUACGAGGCGGAAGAAAAGCCCAAGCGGACGACCGGAGCUGACACCGAUGUGCUCGAAGAGGUGAUCUCGGGAAUCAAAGAAUACUUUGACAAAGCUCUGGACAAGAUCCUUCUUUACAAAUUUGAGCGUGAACAGUACCGCACCCUCCGUAAAGAGUGGGAGAAAGGCUCGGGGAAUCUGGCCGACAAGUCGCCCCUUGACAUCUACGGUGCCGAACAUUUGACUCGACUGUUUGCGACUAUGCCCGAGCUCAUUGCGCAGACAAAUAUGGACAUGCAGUCCACCAACCGACUUCGUGAGGAGCUUUCGAAAUUCACGCUCUGGCUAAGUAAGAAUUCCAACAAGUAUUUCGCAACGCGCUACAUGACCAUGAGCAAUGAGUACGUCGACAAAGCUAGGGGUGUUCCGAACCCGAAUCCCGGAACUGCCACCUCGCAUUUAGUUUGA